CUUGUUGCUUCCGGAGAUUGAGCUGCAGGGAGAAGCCGGGGUCUGUCCUGGUAAGGGCAGGAAGAGUGUGGGGCUUGUGAGGUUUUCUUUUGGUAGUCUACCUAUAGGUAUUUAUGGCCUUGGAGCUGGUCCUAACUCUGAGAAUGGGUCCAGAGAGGAUAUGUCCAAAUGAACAUGAAGAGGUGGGGCUACAAGAGACACCCGAUGGAACUGCUGAUCCUGCUGGGGAAUGGAGUAGUGAGGAACCAGAGGAGGAGGAGGAGGAGGAGGAGGAAGGAGGCGGCAGCAGUCAUGGCUACUUGUAUCAGCCACUGAACCAAGAUCCAGACCAGGGACCAGCAGCAGCUGAAGAAACAGUACUCAGCACAGAUCCAGUCCUUGACAUCCAUGAGCGACUUCAGGCAAUGCGAUUGCACCUCCCUGAUCCACCUGUGGACAGUGAUGAGGAAGAAGGCUCCAAAGCUCAGAACAGUCAAAGCUCCAUUCCCAUGGAUCCAGAGCAUGUGGAGCUGGUGAAACGGACCAUGGCUGGAGUCAAGCUUCCCACACUGGGAAUACCUGCAUGGGCCAGUGAGAUCUCAGAUGACCAGUGGCAAGCCAUGGUGCAGCGAACACUGCAAGCCCGGCAGAAUCCAAUAAGUUCUAGGCCAGAAUGCAAAUGAAGACGUGGCAACAACAGCAGACUCCCCACCUAGAAGAGAAACUUUGUGUUGAGUAUGAAGUGCUGCCAUUUAUAUCUCUCUGUCUUUCUGUGAACCGGUCAGGUAGAAACUUACCUUCUGCCAGCGCUGAAGCUCUUGUGUUCUUGUUGCAUUGCAAAUGUGUCUCUUGUGUCUCAGUUGUUUAUAACUUUCAAGUGUAACUAGUAGGUGGUGGUGACUGUUGCAGGGGACUGGGUCACGAGUCUGUUUUCUGAUCCUUGAAAAGCAGGCCACUCACAUAUCAGCCCCUGUGACAUGAGCCUUCCUCAUCUAGCAUGCAUGGUCUAGUCCUGUUGUCUUUCCCUCUCACCUACUUUAUAGGCUAAAGAGCUUAAUGGGGCCACGAGGUGGAGUCCAGGGUGUCAUCUUUUCAAGAGAUCCAUUUUAUUUAGUUCUGUACAUACAGGGACAUCUGUACAAAAUCCAACACUGUCAUACUAUGUAAUACUCUACUUAAAAUAAAGUACACCAUAUGUACAUAUGAACUGUAAA